AGAGAGUAUUCCAGACACACACACCCACACAAAAAAGGUUCAUAAAUGUCUAAAGUGCUUGUCUUUGCAUGUUUGCUUGUGCUCUUCACCGCCACCUCGCCGGCGGUGAGGGGUAAAUAUUACUCCAACAGCCACACAGUUGAUGUGCCGGCCACCAUACAGAAAACCCAUCUCCACUUCUUCAUGCAUGACAUCCUUUCAGGCAACAAUCCUUCCGCCGUUCUUGUAGCAAAACCUAACGGCACGGUGGUCCAAGAAGGUAAUCUCCUCCCAUUUGGGGCGGUUUAUGUAAUCGAUGACUGGCUCACUGUGGGACCAGACCCGAAAUCCAAGAUUAUUGGAAAUGCACGUGGAAUGUACGCUUCAAGCAGCCGUGGGUCAGACUUGACCUUGUUGUUAAGUGCUGAUUUUGAGUUUACGAGUGGUGUAUUUAAUGGGAGUUCUGUAAGUGUGUUUUCAAGGGAUCCGCUGGUGGUGGCAAAGGAGGUGGCGGUGGUCGGUGGCAGAGGAAAGUUCAGGAUGGCUAAAGGGUUUAUCUUGCUUAAUGCCGUUUACUUUAACACUACAAAUGGGGAUGCCAUUCUUGAAUGCCAUGCCACCAUUUUUCAUUAACAAAUUAAAGAAAGAAAUAAGAGCUAGUAGGCCAGGUUAUGAAAACCCUA